AUGACCUCCUUCAGAAGUGAUAGUGACGUUGUUCCGAUGGAAACCACGCCACCGUUCAGUAGUCCAGCUGAUGCAGUAGCGGCCGCAGUAGCGGCUGCGGCAGCUGCUGGUGGAAGCCCUGGGACGAGCGGCCUUCAGGCGAUCGCCGUUGACACGAGCUCUCAAGCGCAGCAACAACAACAGCAGCAGCAAUCACCCGUUCAACAAGCCGGCUCAUCCCCGUCCGGACUGUUCGGUGGACCACCGCACCUGAUGAUUCCGUCUCCGUCGUUGCCGAAUCUGGCCAGCUCAACUACCAGUCAAAUGCAAAUGGAUAUGUCGGCUGCGUUGCUAGCACAAGCCGCAUUUUCGCCGUUCCUUUCGAUGCCGUCCUUANUGAAGAAUAAUCUGGUGCCAACACCAACGAGUAUUAUGGAUUCAUUACUGGAUCCAACCACACUAUCUGAAGGAGUCGCACGUCAAGCGAUAAAAUUCGAUAGUAGAACGUUCAGUUCACCGUUACCUUUUGCCGGUUACCCGUCGUUGUUGAAACAACAACUUCGUGAUCUGGUUCUGAGACGAAAAUCGCUAGUUCGCGAAGAGCCUGAAGAUGAGGCCGCAAUCGAAGCUCAAUUGAUCUCAAGAUUAUCGAAUGGUACAAAUGAGUUGAGCGUUGGCGCACAACAAUCUGGUACCGCAACUAGCGGUGGUUAUAGUUUGAAGACAGGUCUGUUCUUCUAG